GAAAAUAUGAUCUUUCGUUUCGAGGUCAUGACUUAUUGGGCACUCGCAUGCAAAAACUAUAGAAACGUCGAUGGAGAGUCUUGGUUCAAACUUCACUGCAAGUAGAGAGCGAAUUCUGAGCAAAAGACAAUCAAACUUCGCAUAUGAGCGAUUUCCUUGCAAACUGUGACAGAGAAGCACUGUGUAACUGUGAAAAUAAAGCGUCGUGAUUUUUCAAUUUCUUUCGAAGUAGGCAGAGAAAACUUAAGUAUCAAUCGUUCAAGCGAAAACAGGAAAAUUUGAAUUUAGAGUUUACACUCCUCUUGUGAAGUAGCGUAAGGCGGAAACAGACCAUGCCAUUCUUCGAUCUACUCGGUCUCGGUGGUCAUCACGACCUUCUAAGCGACCACGCCAGUGCCUUGCACUCCAACUCCGGCCACGCAACCUCAUUCGCGCGUAUAAUACCGUUCUUGUAAUCGCGUUCUUGUAUAAUUUCCUAGGUAGUGCUGCGUAAUAUUGAGAAACUUUUCGCUCAUGUUGUGAUGCACGUCGAAAAAUUUGAACGUAAGUACCAAAGGGAACCAACUGGCACAAAAAACUCACAACAGAGGACGGAAGUCUGGAAUUUCGGGAAUACUAUGCGGCCGCUUGCCCCCACUGCAAGCAUUUGGAACAACCCUGGCACACGGCGGAAUCCCAAUAUCAAGGUACUGAACUGAAAGAGUGGCUCUUGCCAAUCAAAACAUUGAUGAAAUUCCUCUUCCAUUUAGUACUACUAACUAGCCCAACGUCACAUAGUACAAGCUCAAAAAAACCCUCUCCUCACAGGCCCGGUGAAGUGGACGCAGAUUGAGUUAUCAAAUGUAAAAAUGUCUGAGUCUGGAAGAAUGCAAGAUUUGUGAUGCAGGUUUUCCAUGACCCAUGAGGUCUGGAAUGCGAGACCUAGCAUGACAGAUUCUUUGAGGUCUCUAUCAUGCCUUUCCUGCAUGAGAAACUCCCUCUCAACUUGGUCAAAAGCGGACGGCUUUUGGCACUCACGCAACACAGACUUUUGCAUCAUUUAGAUUUAGCAUGACCACAAGUUCUAAUCGUCCAGACCCAGACAUUUUUACAUUUGAUAUGAGUGCAACGACGACAAUUGGAACCCGGUUUCAGCCAACGUGGAGAAGUGCGCGCCAAUUAGCGGGUUUCCGACCAUGAAGAUGUUCCAGGAUGGGAAAGAGGUCGACGAGUACCACGGCGGGCGCACCGCGGACGACCUGCUGAAUUACGUGAAUAACUUCGACACCUCGAAGGUUUCCGCGCAAACCAUGUUACCGAUGCUCCCCGCGGUCUUUGCGGCGAAGUUUCUCUUCGGAGAAGACACGACGAAGGAGGGGGAAGACGGAAAAGAAGAAGGAAAAGCUGUCUUGAAGAGCCCGGAAGUGCGCGUGGAGGACGUACAGAACUUUUUCUAGGCGAAGACUUCUAUAUGAUAGGGAAGCGAUUUCUUGGGUUUGGAUCGUUAGCAAAACAAAGUUUCCCCACAAGUAGAACUACAACGACCUGGUGCGGAUACAAUAAUCAUGCCCUCGCCGAUUGACAGUGAUUGAGAUUGAAGAAACGUCCUAUAAAUACGAUUCGGAAACUACUUGGAAUUAGUGUGUAGCGCAUCAUGGCUCGUCUCAUUGUGAUUAUACAAACUAGAAAUACCGAGUCUUCGAACUAACUUUUUGAGGCAAACGCCUACCGAGCGUGAAAAGCUGAUCUAGUUAAUUUUGCUAGUACCUCCUGUGUCAAUAUUCCUUUUCGAUUCUCAGGUGGAAACGCUGCAACAUCCAAGAUGGUAGAUUAAUGUCGAAAUCGAUGUUGCAGCUGCAGUUUUGCAUGUUGAGACAAAACAGAACUGUAUGCGAGCUAUCUUUGUUGAAGACAAACGAGUCCGACCUCGUAGAAAAGGCGAAUAAGGAUACAUAGACCUCCGUUGCUUUGAGACAAGGCCGUGGCCAUUGCCACAGGAAAGGAGCAGAGGGGGACAAUUUUGUCUUCCAAGAGAAAACUAUGUUGAAGCGAGCUAUGUGCGCGCUUGUUACUUUCUUGAACUAACUUCUUGAGCUAGCUUUUUAACUUAUGCUUUUGCUUCUAACCUCC